GAUGCUGCUCUUCUUCUUUGGUUUUCCACUUGGGUUUUUGGUUUCUUGUGGAUAUUCUUAGUAAAUAAUAAAUUAAAACCAUGUCGCUGUUGCAAAAACUAAGUAGAUCCGGUGUACCGAUGGCUUCAUUAACCUGUCGAGCUCGUAUGCCAAUGGCCAUUCGGUUUCUCAGCGGGGACACAGAAAAACCGGCGGAGGCAGCUACUCCCGUAGUGAAUACGGAAACAGCGGAGAUUGGUAGCAGCAAGGGAGGAUUCGCCCGUGCCUUCGACAAGUACACGGCUCCUGCCACGCCCCCACAGCUGCCGGAGGACAACCAGACCUUCGCCUCCCUGCUGCGCAACUCCAAGUUAAUAGAUCUGGGCAACGCUGAGGGCAAGGUGGUCAGUGGCAAGAUCUUCCAUGUGGUGGGCGAUGAUCUCUACAUAGACUUUGGCUGGAAGUUCCACUGCGUCUGCAGUCGUCCAGCUCGCAAUGCCAGCGACUACGUACGAGGAGCCCGUGUCCGACUGCGCAUCAAGGACUUGGAGCUGUCCACCAAGUUCCUGGGUUCGUCCAAGGACAUUACCAUUCUGGAGGCAGAUUGCCAGUUGCUGGGUAUCCUGUCCACGCCCACCCGCCAGUCGACGGCCAAAACAACGCCGAAAAUCGAAGAUAUCCUAUAAAUCCUUUAUUAAAACCAAGGUUUGUUAAACGUUA